UGCGGAUUAUAAACAUACUAGCAAUGGCAGAUCUUAUUCGAGCUGGGGGAAUCUGCACUUCAUUGUGUUUUUGGUCCUUGUCAAAAAGGCCCAGGAAGCAGUUAAUCCCGAUAUUUCGUUGUUUAACACAUAUACACCAAUCAUCACACAGCUUACUGCAAAUCAAUUAUUGUAACACCAGAGCAUCACAACUGAACGUGUCUGAGGUUUCCCAGGCAACUUCCCUCUCAAAAUAUGGCAAACAGGUGGUACUAGGAAUUGAGACAAGCUGUGAUGAUACAGGUGCUGCAGUCAUAAAUGACUCAGGAGAAGUGCUUGGGGAGGCAUUACUCAGUCAACAAAGUAUACAUUUGAGACAUGGAGGCAUUAUUCCACCUUUGGCACAAAGAAUGCAUAGGCAAAAUAUUGAAAAAGUUGUCAGUGAAGCUUUGGAUAAGGCCGGAUUAGCAGUGGGAGACUUGGAUGCAAUUGCUACUACUGUUAAGCCAGGUUUGGCCCUGUCCCUGUCUGUAGGCACUAAUUAUGGAAAACAUCUUGCUUUAUAUGCUGGGAAACCUUUCAUUCCCAUACAUCACAUGGAAGCUCAUGCUCUUACUAUUCGUAUGGUCCACAAGGUUGAAUUUCCUUUCUUGGUACUGUUGCUAUCUGGAGGUCAUUGCUUGAUAGUGAUUGCCCACUCUCUUGACCAUUGGUCAAUUAUUGGUCAAACCGUUGAUGAUGCUCCAGGUGAAGCUUUAGAUAAGGGUGCAAGAAGGUUGAAGCUUCGGAAUAUACCUGAAUGUUCCUCAAUGUCUGGUGGACAUGCAAUAGAAUACCUUGCUUCCAGUGGCAACCCACGUGCCUAUGAAUUUCCAACACCAAUGGGAAAGUACAGAGACUGUUCCUUCAGCUUUUCAGGACUCAAGCACUCCUUAGUAAAAGUUAUAUCAAAACUAGAAGAAGAAUAUGAAGUUGAAGGUGGACGCAUCAUUCCUCCUAUUAAAGAUGUGUGUGCAUCAUUCCAGUAUGCUAUAACCAAGCAUCUGGUCAGACAGACUCAAAAAGCUAUGGUGUACAUUGAUGUUCGAAACCUACUUCCUGAGGCAAACAAAAUUCUGGUUGUGUCAGGUGGCGUUGCCUGCAAUCAGUACAUACGUAAUGCAUUGCAAAAAUUAUGUGAAGUAACUGGAUACCAGCUUCUCUGUCCUCCACCAAAACUGUGCACUGAUAAUGGAAUAAUGAUUGCAUGGAAUGGCAUGGAGCGGUGGAAAACCAAAACUGGUAUUCUCUAUAAUAAAGAAGACAUUGAAGGAGUUCAAUUUCAAUCAAGGUGCCAAAUAGGAGAAGAUUUAACAGAUGAUGUUCGAAAUCUAGGAAUUCCUGCACAAAAUUGGGCCUUGGUGACUCCCUGAAGCUAGCUAACUCGCUAAGGUAGCUCCCCACUACUGAGUCACAUCAGCCUUAGAACUCCUGUAUGGCUUACCAGGAACCAAAGCAAACACCUGGCCCCCUUCUCAGAAGCGCAAUGAACAGUGGGAUUGUUUCAAUCACCCUUACCAAGAAAACAUUCAGAAAGUAAACGAAGCAAUACAGACAACUGCAAGAUUCACAGAAGAAAAAAAAAAAAAAGAGCUGAAACAGCCAAAUGACUCUGCAGACAAUUCACUCAAAUGUUAGGUUGAACUCUUCUAGUUACAGUUGGUAACACCACCAGGAGCUCUCAUAUUACACAUCAUAAUAACCUCAGUCCAUAGUUGAAAGAUAGCAGUCUUAUGCACCUGGAAGGGUGAAAGGGAAAAAGGAGCAACAGACCAUACCAGAAAAAGGUAUUUAAUUACAUUAAAUGCUGGUUUCCUGGAGGAGCUGAAUGGUGACUCUCUGAAGCUAGCUAAUAACAGAGUAGAAGGAAAACAUGGGACUUACCUGGGAGGAGAAGAGUGAAAAUGACACUCACAAAUAUGAAAUGCUAGGACAGGAAACCUAACCCAGGGCAACCCAGGCCUAACAUGGUCCAGGGACAUUGACUAGGUAAUGAGCUGACAGGACUCUGUUGCACCGCUAAAACCCCCAACCCUAGGUAUCAGUCCAUGACAUGUUAGAAAAAAUGGUGGACAAAGCUGCAAACUUUUGAACAUCAUGUGCCCAAGAGUAGACUGCAUGCUGACUAGGCUUUAUGACACUGCACAACUAGGAAUAAACAAGUCUUGGAACAGGGAACCAAGGAAACUAGAUCAACAAACACAUAGAUCAGUGGAAAAAGUUGAACCAGCAUAGUACGUCACCAUGCUGAUCCACACAUAGAGGCAGAGCUGUGGAAAAAUAUACAGGCAGGCAGAAGAAACAGAAAUUAAAGGUGAGCUGGCCAUCAAGGAGAUAGAAGGAUCAACUUGCCUGAGUCUCAAACUGUCUCAAACCUGGACAAUACCUGGAGCAACAGCAGAACCUGGAAGAAGAGAUAGAGGAACCCCCACCACUGUCAGUCCAGCUAGAAGGCACACACCAUGAGAGCCUCAUGAUCGGAGAGCAGAGUCACAUAAAUGGGAAGCAGCUGGUUCACCACCAACACAGAAGUCCACCUUGGGACAACAGAACAUCUUGUUAGAGCCAGUGGAAGGACAUCUCAUCAACAGUCCAUUCUGUGAAAAUAGGACAGAAGCAAGAUGGAACAUUAAUGAGAAUGUUAGGCAAAACCUCACAUGUGAGCCUGUUAUGACCCCCACAUUCAUCAAGUAUGUCUGGUAUAUGAUGUGAUCAUACCUUAGUAUAAAUAGGGCAGGGUAGCCAUGCCUAAUGUGUAUUAAAUAUAUGAUUAUAUGUAUAUUUUCUUAAAUUCUAUGCAUCACUGUAUAUAACCUUUUCUGUGGGGAGCCCCUAAGGCUCCCUGGAGCUUAUAGGGAUAAUGUAUGUUAUAUUAGACUGAGACAUUAGCUAUGGCGUUCAGACCUACCAGGGACCAUGA